GGAGUUGGGUCUGCCGUACAAGGCAAGCUGCUUUGAGCCCUCUCGUCUACCGCUAUGGCCCCUUGUGGCACGCAGCUAAUUUAGGUCUUGAGGGAAAAGGUAACGGCUAUCGAGCUCGACAAGCAUACGCAAAAGGAACCUUGGUUUCUGGAAAUCAACCCUAAUGGACGCAUCCCGGUCAUCACCGACACCUUUACGGAUGGAUCUCCGAUCCGCAUCUUCGAGAGCGGAUCUAUCAUGCAGUAUCUGGUCGACCGAUAUGACCCGGAGCACAAGGUCUCGUACCCUCGGGGAUCGAGAGAGUACUACGAAACGAACAACUGGCUCUUCUGGCAAAUGGGGGGACUCGGUCCCAUGCAAGGCCAAUCGAACCACUUCACGCGGUACGCCCCCGAAAAGAUCCAGUACGGCAUCAACCGGUACCAGAAUGAGACUCGCCGCCUGUACGGGGUCCUUCAGAAGCAGCUGAGCACGUCUAAAUCGGGCUAUCUCGUGGGCGACCGAUGCACCAUCGCCGACAUAUCCUGCUGGGGCUGGGUUGCUUCUUACCGCUGGGCGGGUUUGGAUAUUGACGAGUUUCCUCAUCUCAAUAACUGGCUCGAGAGAUUGCUGCUUCGGCCUGGAAUAGAAAAGGGAAGGCACGUGCCCUACCACCAUAGCGCCCUCGACCACAAGAACUACACAGAGGAACAACUGGAGAAGGCGGCCGAGCGCAGUAGAGUUUGGGUUCAGGAGACCAUGGCAAAUGCUGCCAAGAGAUGAUGAGCAGAAGAACGGGUUGGCAUUUAUGGAGUUAGGGCUGUAGAUUAUGCAGUAAACUGAGCAAUGACAUUUUGUUAAUUGGGAUAUUCAAGCCCAAAAGGACUGGUACGUGGCUACUAAGGGUUUCCGUAUGCGUGGAAGGCGCAGGAUCACAUGAGAUUUAAG